CUUUGUACGAAACGGUGACACGGAAAGUUUCACGUCAACGCGUGCAUUUAUUUGUUACGUAUUUACUAAUUCGUUGUUAAUUUAAAAGCCUUCGUUUCUCUUGAAUUCAUUGUAUAUAUAAGUAUUGUGCUAAUACUCACCAAAAUGCUUUAUCUCGAGGAUUAUCUAGAAAUGAUUGAGCAUCUUCCUCAAGAGCUUCGAGACAGAUUUACAGAAAUGAGAGAAAUGGAUUUAUCAGUGCAAAAUAACAUGGAUACAUUAGAGAAACGAGUAAGAACUCUAUUUGGUGGAUGUCGCCGUGGUGAGAUAAAUACAGACCAGGCGAACACCGAGUUUGCUGAUAUCAAGAAGGGAUACAACAAGACACUGGAGGAAGCAGAAGAGAAGGUUACACUUGCUAGUCAGAUGUAUGAUCUGGUUGAUAGAUACUUGCGCCGGCUAGAUACAGAACUACAUAAGUUUAAAUGUGAAUUGGAAGCUGAUAAUAAGGGUAUAACUGAACUAUUGGAGAAGAGAUCCUUAGAUCUUGAUACAAACACAAAUCAUUCCGGCUCAUCCAGUAAUAACCAUUAUAAAGACAAUAGAUAUAGAAUCCGUGCCGAGAAGAGACGGGACAGUUGGGGCGCGAGAGACGCGAGGGCUCAUGCCAGCAAUGGAAAUUUGUCAAGAACUGACACCGCUAUACAGGCGGUGUUGGGACGUGACACAUAUUCUCUGGGUCACGCUGGCAGCACUAUAGCUGUGGCCGCCAGCCAGGCCAUCGCUGCUACACAACAGAUGCACCACGGACGACGCACGGCCUCGCUGAAGGCGUCUUACGAGGCGGUGGCGGGCGGAGACCUCGCGCACCACGCCCUCUCCGCACACAACGCACACGCCACGCAUCACGAUCAUGGUCACGGAUUAUCUAGUCACAGUCAGAGCAGCUCCGUGCACGGUCAUCAUACCACCUCACACACACACACUAAUUCUUCAUCCAAUAAACGACAUAACAAACAAAAGAAGAGCACAUACAGUGCGACUACAAGCGCGGCGCACGCGCAGCAGACGAUAUCCGCGGCCGCCAGCCGCUCCUCCUCGCCCACUGUUGUUGGCAUCAACAAUGUAGUGAACAAUGUGACAAUUGAGGAGCCUAUGGAGGAGGAGUGGACUUACGACCCCAACGAGCCGCGCUACUGCAUCUGCAACCAGGUCUCGUAUGGUGACAUGGUCGCUUGCGAUAAUCAAGAUUGCCCAUACGAAUGGUUCCAUUACCCGUGCGUGGGCAUCACCGCGCCCCCGAAGGGCAAGUGGUACUGCCCGCAGUGCCAGACCAACAUGCGCCGCAACAGGAACCGCAAGAAUUGAACUAAAGUUUCACAUUUCUAUGUUAGCACGAUUCAAUAGAUGAAUAGAAUAAAUAUUAGUCCAAUUUACUCAUCGGUAGAAAACCUUUAUUUUAAUGAAAAAUAAAAUAUUAUCGGUUCAGUACUUUUAGAGUUUCAUCCGAAAAAAUAAAACAAGAAAUUUUUAUUUUCUACUAAAAAAUAAACUUACUACUACUAAUGAACCGCUUUAAAAAGUCUUUCAUUAAAUAAAAAGUAAUUGUAUUGUCUAGCAUUUAUGCUUAUUUUUUCUAGUGAAGCAGGAUGGUAGCUUCAAUGUUUAUAAAUUAAGAAAUUGAAAAUUGUGUCACAUCAUUUCGUAAUCUAAUAAAUAAUGUGUAGAUUGAUGUUUACUGUUUCAUAGAAUUGCGAAUUGUGUUACUGAAAUUCGCCAAUAAAAGUUGGGUAAAAAUUACUACAAAUGUAAUAAAUACCUUGUAUUACCACCAAAGGAAACCAUUUUGUGUGGCUUUGCUAUACUAUGUGCGCUGAAAAUGUAUUAAAAAUCUUCCAAUAAAUUCUU